AUGUCAUCAUUAGCUUAAUAAUUUGAACUCUAGCACCGGGAUUCAAUUUAAGAAUCUUUGUUGAAUGAUUCAUCCAUAAAUAUUUAAGAUGAAUAUAAUUUGGAAAGCUCACAUAGCAUUUCAAAUGGAAAAUAAUUUUAGAAUAAAGCCAAAUUGGCUAUGGAAGAAAGAGCAGAGAAGGAAUAGCAACAAUCGCAAUAAUAUAUUUUAGAGAAAAUCCGGUAACUAUACAAUGACAGUUUAGAAGGUGUAUCAUAAAAAUUAAACAUUUUGUAUUAAUUACCAAUUUUGAGACCAAAACAAGUAAUCUUAUGGAAGUUAUUUAUCAAUCUCUUAACUUUGUUUGUUUUUUUUGAGGUACCCGUUUACAUCGCAUUUGGAUAAGGCUUUUGGUAGGAAUUGAAAACAGAUAAGCAAGUGGCUGCAUUGUAUUAUUCAAUAUCCCUUUUUCUUGUAAUAGAUAUGGGGAUGGAUUUUAUAACUGCUUAUUAUAAACAUGGAGUAGUGAUUACAGACAGUCGGAAAAUAGCAAUAAACUACCUCUAUGGGAACUUCUUUUUUGAUCUUUCAGCAUUAAUAAUAUCAAUUGCUAGAUUAUCUCUAUUUACAUCUAAAUUUAGAUUUAUAUUUUUAAUGUUUUACUUUAAGUUACCUUCAUUUUUAAGGUUUGAUGAUCAGUUAAAUGAAAUGGUAUUACUGUAUAGAAGGACGAGAGUAUUUUAUGAAGUGGGAAAGAGAGUUAUUUUUAUGUUUUUUGCAUUUAAUGUGUUUUUGUGUGUGUUUUAUAUUAUUGGAUUACAUAGCGUAGAAUCGAAUUAUAAUUCGUGGUUAACAAAUUCUGGUAAUUUUGGAAUUAUUUUGGAUCGACCAUUGCAUGAAAUAUACUUUUUUGGAUUCUACUUUUCUUUAGGAACAGUCUCAACUACCAUGGGUUAUGGUGAUAUAUCUCCUAUGAAUAUUAUAGAGUGUUCUUGGUCACUUUUGGGAGUUAUGUUCGGACUCAUUAUUUUUGCAAACAAUAUCAACUCUUUCUAAAAAAUGAUGGAAGAAUACAAUUUAAAUGACCUUAAGCAAUUUAAGUAUAAGGUGAGCAUCAAUAAAUUCAUGGAAUAAAAAUAAGUACCUUCUGAUUUACAGGAAAUAAUUAGGUAAUAUCUCAAUGAAUAUUGGCAUCAAUAAGGACUCAGGGAUUAAGAGCAAGAAGUACUGGUUUUUCAAAUGUUGGCUCCUGAGUUAAAAUAAGAAUUAAUGUAUUAAUCUUAUGGACAGUUUUUGUAAACUACCUUUUUUUCAAAAUAUUUUUCAAAGCCUUUUUUAAAAGAUCUCUCAGAAAAGAUACAAGAAGUUAAUUAUUCAACUGGAAAUGUCAUAAUUGAAGCAGGUGAUUCUAAUGAUGAUUAAAGCUUUUAUUUUAUACAAAGUGGAACUGUAAUUAUCAAAUGUGGUAAUUCAGAGAUAGUCAAAAAGAAGUUGCUAAAGGGAGACAGCUUUGGUGAAUAUGCCUUUAUGACAGGAUAAGCAAGGACAGCCACAGCCUAUUCUUAGGAAUACAGUUAAUUGCAUAAAAUAUCUAGAAGUGAUUUCUUAGAUAUCUUAAAACAUUAUCCUGAUGAUUAUGAAAUAUUUUGUAAACUCCGAGAUGAAUUGAUAUUUUCAUAAAAUUUCCAAUCUCUUGGAUAAUUUUGUUGGACUUGUCAUAAAGUUGAUCAUUAUGCAUCGGCUUGUCCUUUCACUCAUUACAUUCCUGAGGUAUGGGAUUUAGUUGAUAAUGCCACUAUUUUGUAUUCAAAUUAAGAUAGAAUCAAGAUAUAAAGAUAUGAUAGAAAGCAUUGGCCAACCAGAACCAAUCAAAAGACUUUGGUCAACGGUUUGAAUAAGUCCAAAAUUAAGAAAUUUGCUAAUGUUAUGUUUAGAACCGUAAAAAACAUCAGUAUGCAAAAACUAUCUCCUCUCAAAAAGUAGUCAAGUAUUCAGCAAAGUGUUCAAUCGUUUGGAUUAGACUCUGAUUAAAAAUUAGAAAUUAAUAAAACUGAAUCAAUAUCGGAUGAUCCCUUUAAAUUACAGGACGAAUCUGACAUGUCUUAGAUUCAAUAGGUGGAAAAGAAGGAUGCUGAAAGGAACAACCUUUCAUCAUUAUAGAGCAAACUUAAUCAAUACAGAGAUUAAUAACAAUAUUAAAUCCAUCAGGGAUUAGAUUAUUUUGAUGAGCCUUAGAACUUCAAAUAUUAUCACAAAAAGUUCAAUUAUUCAAAUUACAAAGUUUUCCAAGGAUUUAAAGAAUCGUAAAUGAAAAAAUAAAUAAACAUUAGAAAGUCAUUUAUGCCAGGAACCUAUACUUGA